AUGGUUGUGCUCGCAGCUUCAAUCUGCACCCGAGGGGGCAAGCCCGUGCUUUCGCGCCAAUUCCGCGAGAUGCCUCGCUCUCGUAUCGAAGGUCUCCUCGCAUCAUUCCCGAAACUCACUGAUACAGGCACUCAGCACACUACCAUAGAGACGGAGAAUGUUCGCUAUGUCUAUCAGCUUCUUGACGAGCUUUACCUUGUCCUCAUAACCAAUAAACAGUCCAAUAUUCUGCAGGACAUCGACUCACUGCAUCUGUUCGCCCAGGUCGUGUCCUCGAUCUGCAAAUCACUUGAUGAACGAGAGAUACUGAAGAACUCAUUUGAGCUUCUGAGCGCAUUCGAUGAGGUUGUCUCAUUGGGCUAUAGGGAGAAUUUGGGUCUACAGCAGAUAAAGACCUUCUUAGAGAUGGAGAGCCACGAAGAGAGGAUCCAGGAGAUCAUUGCCAGGAACAAAGAGUUUGAAGCUACCGAGGAGCGGAAACGCAAGGCUAAACAGCUCGAUCUCCAACGGAAGGAGAUGUCUCGUAAUGCUUCUGGAAUUGGUUCUGGAGGAAUGGGUUCAUCUGGUCGUUCUUCAACCCCGCGCGCCUCGCAAUUUCCAACUUACAACCCCCCCUCAAAGUCUACAACGGAUUCUUACGACUCAUACGAGGCUGAGAAGAAAAAGACGUUUUCGUCAGCACCCAAGGGCAAGGGUAUGCAGCUUGGACGCAAGUCAAAAACGACCGAUAUGUUCGAGCGUGUCCGCGGGGAUCUUGGUACCGAUGCCGAAGAGCGCGCGCCUCUGGUCUCGUCGACACCAGCCCAAGAAGUUGUAUCCCCAUCAAGGGCCAGCUUUUCGGGCGAUCGAAAGGCAGUUCAGAUCAUCAUUUCAGAGCAGAUAUCCGCCUCUCUCAACCGUGAAGGUGGCGCCAAGAGCUUUGAGGUCAAAGGUGACCUGCAGCUUCGGAUUAUGGACCCCGCACUCUCCAAGGUGAAACUCAGUGUCACAGCCGAACAUGCGGACGCUCAGUUCCGCACCCACCCCAAAGUUGACAAAGGCUUGUUCUCGUCACAGUCCAUCAUCCAGCUUAAGGAUCAAGGGCAGGGCUUCCCGGUGAAUCAACAGAUUGGCGUUCUCCGUUGGCGUACUACAACCGGUGAUGCACCUUUGGCUUUUACUAUAUGGGUUAACCAAGGUCCUAGUGCUGGUAAAUACAAUGUCACGGUGGAAUAUGAGCUCGCUGGAGAGGACACGCUUCGUGAUGUUAUCGUCAAUAUUCCUUUCCGCCGUGAUGAACCAACUGUGACUACUAUGGACGAGGUCUACGAAGUUUCGGGUGAUAGUUUAGAUUGGACAAUUCCAUCUAUCAGCGAGGAUAAUUCUACCGGAAGUUUUGAGUUCGAGGCGGAAGCAGAUGAGGAUAACGAGUUUUUCCCGAUGACCGUCAAGUUUAGAAAGGAGAGCCCAAUUGUGCCUGUUGAUGUUCACGAAGUUACAUUGACAGAGAUGAGCGAGAGUCUGGACUUUUCCAAGGACGUAAAAGUCGUUGCUGAAAAUUACGUUAUUUCUUAG